UAAAUAAAUAUUUAACAUUUAGCAGUGUAGUAGUGAUUCAGUGAUUAAAUAUAUACAAUCUAUGGUAGAAGUGAUAGUGGGAUAGUACUGGUAGAUUGAAAGGACUGGUAGAUUAAAAAUACAGUAGUGCUUCUGUGGAUAACAUACAGUCAAUAGUUUUUCAACUCUCGGUUGACAUCUAUACCGAUAUUUUAAGUGUGUAUUUCUGUUAUUAAAAAGAAAGAGAGAGAAAAAAAUGAAUGAAUUGAUUAUUAGUCGGUUUAUUGGAAAGUUUACUAACAUAUCGUGUCUACUAUUGUUUGCCAUACUAUUCAUUAGUAGUAUACAACUGUCACCAGUAGUAGUCAAUGCCUAUAUCGGCAGUGAUAUAAGCAUAAAUCUAACGGUGACUGCGGGCGAGUCGACACAUUUGAAAUGUCCCAUCAGUGCCAACGAUGUCGACAGUAAUCUUGUAACUUGGAUCCGACACAAAGAUAGACAUAUACUAACCCAGGAGCACAUCAAGUAUACCAAUGAUGACCGAUUUAAGCCUGUAUUCAAACACAAUCAUUGGUUUCUGGUGAUAGCAAACGUCAGCAAAAGCGAUGCCGGAGCCUACCAGUGCCAACUGGCAGAUAAAGAGACCAAAAUAUUGUUAGCCAACACUACAACCAAUUUUCGGCUCAGCGUUUUUGAUACUAAAGCAAACAAGGAUGAGCUAAUUGAGUUGUUAAACCUCCUGGACAUGGAUAGCAAGGAACAGAAUAUAAGAAUAGAGGAGUUUCUCGAAAGGGCCGAAAAUAUACUGAAACGAGCAGAAGAUCCGUCCGGUAAUCUGAAUCCGGCAAUGAUUGUCAAUGAGUUUUUGCCGGAUCCGAUGCCUAUGAAAAACCUUAAUUUCAGUGAAGAGGGCGGAUGGGGUACCUAUACUGAACUCAACCUAAAAAAUAUGUCUAUUCAUGGAUUCAAACAGUUAAAGAUAUCAAAUAUAUCUUUUAAUUUGGGUCACAUUCAGCUUACAGUUCAAAUGGAUUUGCCUAUCAUUAGUCUUCAAGGAGUUUAUGACAUCGACGGCAAGAUGGCAUUUGUGCCUCUCUAUGGUGACGGAAGAUUCUGGAUGAAUGUGUCGAACAUUGAAUUCAACGCCUAUGGAUCACUGGAACCGGUAGCUGAUGGCACCAUUAGGAUUAAGGACAUUGUGAUGGAUGUCUAUAGCGAUGCCAUUGAACUAGAUAUGGAAAAUCUAAUGGGCGGCGGUGUGAUGGGUGGUAUCGGUAACUCAUUGGUUAAUCAGAUAUCCGAUUUAAUAUUCACAAACAUCAAGCAUAACAUGAUGGACGAACUGUCAGCUCAUGUCAAAAAAAUGAUUAACUCUCAGUUGGCACACUUGCCUCUCGGUUUUGUCCAUAAAAACUCGACCAAUAUUUUCGAUAGUCUACUGCAACGGGCUGUCCAUACAUUGAACGAUACGGGUGUCGAUCCGCUACCGUUGCCACCGUUGACCGAUAAGUUUAGUUAUGAUCUUAUGCUGUUUAAGUUGAAGGGCGAAUUGAAAGUAUACGAUGGCUAUCUAAACGGAUUGUCCAGUUUGGUUCGUACGGGUGAUAUUAUUACCACUUAUAGUAACAACGAAGUAGUAUUUGAGGCCAGUAUGGGAUUUACCAAUUUGACGGGUGGUUACAAUUGGAAAACAUCUGUGUUGGGUGGCGGACCGUCGGGAUCGUCAUCGCUGACAAUAUCGGGCAUUUCAUGCUAUCUUCAACUAAAACAGGGUCUCCAUAGAGGCGCCAAACCGACAAUCAGCUCAUUUCGUAUCGAUAAGAUUAAGCACUUAUGGAUCGAUGUCAAUGGUUUGGGCAGUUGGGACUUCAUACUGGAGCUCAUUAUGAAUGUCGUGUCAAAUGCAUUCAAACUAUCGCUGGCCAAUGCUAUCGGCGGUCCCGUUACUGAUGCCAUACAGAAAGAGUUGAAUCAAUUACCGAUAAGUCUACUAUAAUGUCGUYAAAAAAAACUUCAAUAAUAGGACAAACAUUUUUGUUUGUUUGUUUGAAUAAAAACAAUUGCAACUAAUUUUCAGCCAUAAGUAAUACUUUUCCGAUAAUUUAAUCUUAAAAUGAAAUUAAGUUUUUUUUGUUUUGUAUUUUGUUUUUUCUAUUUUACUAAUGAUAUAUAAAUCAAAUACUUUUUUUCUUAUUUAUUAUUUUUAUUUUUAUUGACGACAAACACGACUUGUUAUAUACAGUAUAAUCUAUAAUCUAUAUAAUGCUCUUCCGAUAACUAUUUUUCCUUUUUUUAUUUUUGUUUAGUGAAUAUCUUAUAAAAUAUUUAUUUCAUUUAGAUUUUGAUAUACAUCUAUAUAUAUAUAUAUAUAUAU